UACAAAGAAGAAUCAAGAACAAUGGCCAAGUUGACAGAAUCGAUGACUAAUGUCCUGGAGGGUGACUCCAUGGAUCAGGAUGUGGAGAGUCCCGUGGCCAUUCACCAGCCAAAGUUGCCUAAGCAGGCCAGGGAUGACCUGCCAAGACACAUCAGCCGGGACCGGACCAAAAGGAAAAUCCAGAGGUACGUGAGGAAAGAUGGCAAAUGCAACGUGCACCAUGGCAACGUGCGGGAGACCUACCGCUACCUUACAGACAUCUUUACCACCUUGGUAGACCUCAAGUGGAGGUUCAAUCUGCUCAUCUUUGUCAUGGUUUACACAGUGACAUGGCUCUUUUUCGGAAUGAUCUGGUGGCUAAUUGCCUACAUCCGAGGAGACAUGGACCACAUAGAGGACUCCUCAUGGACUCCCUGUGUCACCAACCUCAACGGGUUUGUCUCUGCUUUUUUAUUUUCCAUAGAGACAGAAACCACCAUUGGUUAUGGCUACCGGGUCAUCACAGAUAAGUGCCCAGAGGGAAUUAUUCUCCUCUUAAUCCAGUCUGUUCUGGGAUCCAUUGUCAAUGCAUUCAUGGUGGGAUGUAUGUUUGUAAAAAUAUCACAACCCAAGAAAAGGGCAGAGACCCUGGUCUUUUCCACGCAUGCAGUGAUCUCUAUGCGGGAUGGGAAACUGUGCCUCAUGUUCCGGGUGGGGGACCUGAGGAAUUCCCACAUCGUGGAGGCCUCCAUCAGAGCCAAGCUGAUCAAAUCCAAACAGACUUCAGAAGGGGAGUUCAUCCCUCUGAACCAGACGGACAUCAAUGUAGGAUACUACACAGGGGAUGACCGUCUGUUUCUGGUGUCACCACUGAUCAUUAGCCAUGAAAUUAACCAACAGAGUCCUUUCUGGGAGAUCUCCAAAGCCCAGCUGCCUAAAGAGGAACUGGAAAUUGUGGUCAUCUUGGAAGGAAUGGUGGAAGCUACAGGGAUGACGUGCCAGGCUCGGAGUUCCUACAUUACCAGUGAGAUCCUCUGGGGGUACCGCUUCACCCCAGUCCUGACGCUGGAGGAUGGCUUCUAUGAGGUCGACUACAACAGCUUCCACGAGACCUAUGAGACCAGCACCCCGUCCCUUAGUGCCAAAGAGCUGGCCGAGCUGGCUAGCCGGGCGGAGCUGCCCCUCAGCUGGUCUGUGUCCAGCAAGCUCAACCAGCAUGCAGAACUGGAGACGGAGGAGGAAGAGAAGAACCCCGAGGAACAAACAGAAAGGAACGGUGAUGUGGCAAACCUGGAGAAUGAAUCCAAAGUGUAGAGCCCUGGCUGGGCGUGCUCUUCUAGCAGCCUCCGCCCCCAACACAGCCUCUCCUCUUCUCAUUCUUUUUUGUUUGUCUCUCAUACUUUGUGUUUUAUUUCCUUAUAUUUGAUUUUUACAUUGUCAGAAAACAAAUCUUCAAGGUGUAAAAUAUCUACCUGCCCCCUCUCAGUUGUGCAGAUUGACAAGGUAGAUGUGGAUUGGGUCAAAAAUGCCAUGUGCCCUCUUUUGUGGCUCAAGCCUGGUCUCCUCCCAAAAUACCAACUUUCACUUCUAGGGAUAGCAACUACUCUUACCUGCAUGUGUUGUAUGAUAUGACACCACCCAAAAGAGGGCACCAAAGCUUUUACCAGUGGUGUGAUACGUAAGGUCUCUGGUGCCUAUUUAUCACAAAGUAAGCAGCAAUGUGACCUCAGUGUUUUAGAUCCCAACACAUUUUGUCAACCCCAGAAUGAGGUACUCCCUGCACAGUGCAGCAGGCUAAGACCCAGGUGAGCCCAAGACAAACCACUGUACAUAGAUAUGCCUUAUGUGAUUAUUUUCUUUUGGCAAUUAGAAAUAAAACCCAGCAUGUACAAAAGU